CGUCCCUCGUUCGGAUUCCCGUACCUGCCGCCUCCUGCUGCCUGCUGUCGGUCUACAUUGGAGCUGAAUCGUUACUCUGCAUCUCUGGGGCGGAAAACCUCGGACCUCUCGCCCUCGUCGACCCCACUGUCAAGGAGAAAAACUACCAUGGCUUCCAGUUCUUUGACAAAACCUCAGAUGCGUGGCCUUCUGGCCAAGCGUCUGCGAUUUCAUAUUGUUGGAGCAUUCGUUGUCUCCUUGGGAGUUGCAGCUUUCUAUAAGUUUGCUGUAGCUGAACCAAGAAAGAAGGCAUAUGCAGAUUUCUACAGAAAUUAUGAUUCCAUAAAAGAUUUUGAGGAGAUGAGGAAGGCUGGUAUCUUUCAGAGUGCAAAGUAAUUUUGGAAUAUAAAGAAUUUCUUUGGGUUGAGUUCCAUGGAAGUUUGUCACUUACCUGUGUUCCUGAACUAUGAACUACUAAUAUCUGGGCUAAGGAAUAGUUUCUCAUGAUAAAUAAACGAUUAACAAAUACUGUGGACACUAAA